AUAUAUACGUCGAAUAUUCUCCUUCCCUUUUUCUACAAUCACUUUCUUUUUGGUCGUGAAAGGUAUCUUCAAUUAUUUGAAGGGAAUAAUAUUAUUUUCAACCUUUCCAAAAGUUGCUAAUAUCAAAUUGAACUAACAUCUAUAAUAACUUAAGUGAAGACCCAUGGGCCAAUAUCACCAAUGAGUGAAUAUAUAUUCGGUUCUCAAUACCACGCUCAACAUGAUGUCUGAUGAUCCUUGGUGAAUAAUAAGUGAGGCAGUACACGUAACGUUUCGUACUAUCAAGGGAUGGCUUAAAAACUAAUUGGGCCUUCAUAAGGGCCCACUAAAACUUGAUUACAACUAUUGGAACCAUGAUCAACGGCCCAAGAUCACAUCUCUCCCCUGUAAAACCAGCGACGGCAACACCACCACCAUCAGAAGCCUCUCUUUUUGUCGGUGUUAAAAGAGCAUCAAGUUUCACCAACCAACCAAACCGCAAAUUCUGACUAAAUAAAAAAGUUAGCUCAAGAUGCUGACGACAGGGGUAUUAUUGUCAUUUAGUGAUUCAAACCGGGUCUAUUUUAAUACAAAAGAAGAAGCAAGUGCGUUAAAAUGCCUUAAACUUAGGAUCAAUUUACUUCAGCUGCACCACCGUGUUUAGAAUCAGUUUGAGUUUUUUAUUUGUUAUAACUAAAAAUGGCGAGUAAGAGUAGCAUCCUGUUCAUCGGAGGAACUGGUUACAUCGGGAAGUAUAUAGUGGAAGCGAGCGCUAGAUCUGGACAUCCAACACUCGUCCUCGUUCGAAACUCCACGCUCACCAGCCCGUCACGGUCCACCACCAUCGACAAUUUCAAGAACCUCGGCGUUCGCUUUCUACUCGGAGACCUUAACGAUCAUACGAGUCUCGUGAAUUCGAUCAAGCAAGCUGAUGUGGUGAUAUCCACCGUUGGACACUCUCUCUUGGGUCAACAAGACAAGAUCCUCUCUGCUAUUAAAGAAGCUGGUAACGUUAAGAGAUUCUUUCCGUCGGAGUUUGGAAAUGAUGUGGACCGUGCUCAGAGUGUUGAGCCUGCCAAGUCAGCGUAUGCUACAAAGGCAAUGUUCCGGAGGAAGAUUGAGGAAGAAGGGAUACCAUACACUAUUGUCUCUUGCAACUUCUUUGCUGGCUACUUCCUCCCUACUUUGGCACAGCCUGGUGCUACUUCUCCUCCACGUGAUAAAGUAAUUAUUAUGGGUGAUGGAACCCCCAAAGCUGUGUUCAACAAGGAAGAAGACAUAGGGACUUACACAAUCAAGGCCGUUGAUGAUCCAAGAACCUUAAACAAGAUCUUAUACGUUAGGCCACCAAUGAACACCUACUCAUUCAACGAUCUCGUUUCGCUUUGGGAGAAAAAGAUUGGGAAAACACUCGAAAGAAUCCACGUUCCUGAAGAACAAAUCCUCAAACAGAUAACAGAAGCUUCGCCUCCACUGAACGUGCUGCUAUCACUUUGUCAUUGCGUAUUUGUGAAAGGAGGACAAACAAACUUCGAAAUAGAACCUUGCUUUGGAGUAGAAGCUUCUGAGCUUUACCCUGAUGUCAAAUACACUACUGUCGAUGAAAUCCUCGACAACUACGUCUAAAGGAGUAGUAGCUUUAACUAAAGUCACUCCAUUACACUCUUUCCAUAAAACUUAUCAGUAUCCUAUGUUUCUGAAUAAAACCUUUCUGCUUCUCCAAUAUGAUAAAAUCAAUUAAACUGACCGGUUUUUAUUGUUGUAACAAAUUUCUUUUAAUGUUGUGAUACUGAAACACAAGAACUGGGA